AUGGAAACACAGAAUUAUAAUCGAAGCGACUCCAUCCAUGAAGAUGUCGAUGGUGAUUGGUCCAAAUGGCCUAACGAUGUUGGAUUCAACACUUUCUUCGAACAGCGCACGCCGGUCGACUUGAAGGUCACUGGAAAGAUACCAGCGUAUGCUGCUGGUGUUCUUUACAGAACAGGACCAAGUGCCUACAAGAUUGAUACUUCAAAGGGCAGCACAUUUUCGAUGUCACACUGGUUCGACGGCUUGUCGAAAGUGCAUCGCUUCGAGAUCACGCCUGACGGCAGUGGCUCUUCAAAAGUCACAUACAACUCGCGAAGUACUGUCGAUAAACUCAUUGAGAGUAUCAAAGAAACGGGCACACUGAAAGGGUUCACCUUUGCCCAGAAAAGAGAUCCAUGUCAAAGCUUCUUUUCUAAGGUGAUGACUGUAUUUGAAGUGUCGACUGCGCAGAAACGGGCCAUUGAUCCUGCAGCCGCAAAUAUUGGUGUUACUUUGUCCUUCAAUAUGCCGGGAACGUCGCCACCGCACGUUGGCAGACAAGAUGUGCGGCAUGCUUCCGGCAUCCAAACCCUGUGGGCCAAGACUGACGCCAGUAACUUCAAGCAGCUUGAUCCCGAGACCCUGGAGCCUAUUGGCAUCGCCUCGCAAGCGUCGUUGCAUCCAAGCCUGAAGGGACCUCUAUCAGCAGCACACGCAAAGUCCGAUCCGGAGACUGGUGAUGUCUAUAAUUUCAAUCUCGAUCUUGGACGCCAGCCCACAUAUCGCAUAUUUCACGUGUCAGCUUCGACAGGAAAGACGGAAAUUCUUGCAUCUUUCCCAGGAAAGCCAGCGUACUUGCACUCUAUUCUUUUGACUCAGGACCAUGUGAUCCUCUGCGUCUGGAACAGUCACAUCAAAUCUGGCGGUGCCAGCAUCCUGUAUAAUCAGAAUAUCCUUGACAGCAUAUCCCCUUUCGAUAGCAAGCAGCGAACAAUCUGGUACGUUAUCGAUCGUCGCCACAGUAAGGGCCUCAUCGCAAAGUAUGAAUCGCCUGCGUUUUUCUGCUUCCACACGGUCAACGCCUGGACAGAAGUUUCACCUUUAGACCGGUCAAAGGUUGACAUUGUUUGCGAGCUGUCCGAGUAUUCCAGCCUCGAUGUCCUUCACAAAUUUUAUUACGAUAAUCUGCUGUCCACCGCACCAGGGAAUAAGAAUUUCCAGGGUCCAAAAGGUGACGCAGCGCGAGGCUUCCUUCGGAGAUAUCGCCUACGAGAUAUUGCUUCAGCGUCGGAAAAACCAGGAGUAGUCGUUGUUGAAUAUACUGCGCCGAAGGAUGCUUCGCCCGAGCUUCCCACAUUGAACCCCCGAUUCGUCACCCGACCGCACAGGUACACGUAUGGCAUUGUUGACCGGAGACUCUCAUCCCUCGCGGACGGCUUAGUCAAGUGGGACUCGAAGACGCACACGCCAAAAUACUGGGGUACAUUCGCACACACUCCCGGCGAGCCUAUUUUCGUGGCGGAUCCAGAGGGCAGUGCUGAGGACGACGGGGUCUUGUUGAGUGUGGUUCUCGAUGGCCUGAAAGAGUCAAGCUACCUUCUUUGCUUGGACGCAAGGACGAUGCAAGAACUUGGUAGAGCAGAAGUAGGUGGUGUUGUCGGGUUUGGUUUUCAUGGUCUGCAUGUCAAAGUUGGCUCAGAAACCACUGUGGACACUUAG